GACUAAUGCGCAUGCGCCAUCUUUGUUUGCGGAAGUAGAGCAGCGUGGCAGAUGACGGCAGCGACCAAGAGAUGUUCAAACACGUUUUCUUGACAGGACCUCCAGGUGUGGGCAAAACCACUCUGGUCCAGAAGGCUUGUGACGCUUUAGUGUCAUCAGGUCAUUCUUUGGAAGGCUUUUACACGGAAGAGGUCAGGCAAGGAGGUCAGCGGACUGGUUUUGAUGUGGUCACAGUGAGAGGAGAAAGAGGCCACCUGUCCAGAAUCAGAGAAGUCGCUGGUGCCUCUCACGGCAGACCCGUGUACACAGUUGGCCAGUAUGUGGUUGAUUUAGCUUCAUUUGAAAGCCUGGCUCUCCCCCUCUUCGAGAAGGUGCGCUUACAUGGCGGCAAAAACAAGACAGUGUUUGUCCUCGACGAGAUCGGGAAAAUGGAACUCUUCAGUCAGCCAUUCAUCAGGGCUGUGAGACAGACACUCGACUGCUCUUCCUGCACCAUCUUGGGCACCAUCCCUAUCCCCAAGGGGAAACCCUUAGGUCUGGUGGAAGAGGUGCGGAUUAGGAGCGAUGUCAGAGUCUUCACUGUGUCGAAGGAAAACAGAAAUUCCAUUCUGCAAGAAAUUCUGUCAGCGCUCCAGCAAAGUUUAAAACAGUAGAGCUAACAUUUGACGUAGAAAACAGAUUUUAGGUUUAAUAUUUGAUCACAAAAUGGAUCACAGAGCAGGUUACCUUAUGAUUUCAAUUCUUCAGUGCUAAUUGUGUGUAAUUAUUUUGAUGUUCAGUUUGAGGGAAUACUCAUUAAAAUCCAGUCACAAUUUAACACUUAAUUUGUUUACUAUAAUUUUUUUAUGUAUUAGAUACAAUUAUUUAAAAAAUAACUUCUUUUGAUCAUUGUUUUUGAGUUUUUUCGUUACAUUUACAGGCAUCCAUUAGUCUUAUAUCCUUCUUAAUACAGUGCAUCCGAAAAGUAUUCAGAUUCUUUUUUUCCUCAUUUUGUUUAGUUACAGCCUUAUUCCAAAAUGGAAUAAAUUCAUUUUUGUUCUCAAAAUUCUGACGAUGUGAACAGUGCCUCUUCUGGUUGCACUCAAGCAGUGCAUUCAGUCUUGUCUAAUUUGCUUCAAGACAUGAUUAAUCAACAAUAUAUUCCACUAAUUGACCCUUGUUAGAAUCAAUAAAUCAAUUUAUUGGUAAAUAU